UAUCUAUUCUUCGUAUUAACUUCAACACAAAAUACAAUAUUCAAAUCGUAUAAACCAAUUUUUCUGAAUCCUCGAAUCUAUUCAACCGUCGUCAAAAAGCAAACCCACAGUCAACCAGCAACAAUGGAUAAGACGACCGCCGCCGCAGACAAGCUCGGUGCUAACAAAGGCACAAACCCCAUUCCCCAAGAGGUACGUCAUCACUGUUAUCAGCUCCCUUUCGACUGCCUUUCCCAAGAUUCAACAGCAAAACGUUUACUAACAUGUACAUCUUUCUUCUCCUGGAAACAGAACCCCUCAAUUAUUUCCUCGGCCGGUGCAAUCGGCAAGCAAUUCAAUCCGGACGGCGCCAUUGGCCAAAUUGGAGAGAAGGUUGGAGGUCCGUUGAGCAAGGACGGAGUCAUCGGCUCGCAGUUUGAUGCGAGCAAGAAUGGUAUUGCGGGACAUGUCGAGAGAGCUGUCGAUGGACCUAGCAAUCCCGCUGGAAGCUCGAAAUAG